AGGAAUUAAAAAAAUUCAUAUCGAAGGAAUGUGGCCUUGAUAUAUCAUCGUCAACAAUACGUCGUAUUAGACGUGAAAAACUAGGAUGGAAAUAUGAAAAUACUAGGUAUUGUCAGUUUGUUCGUGAGCCGAACAAGGUUAAAAGGCUGUCAUUUUGCCUUGACGCCUUAGCGAGAAAGGAUACGUUCGAAGACGUUAUUUUUACUGACGAAAGAACCGUCCAAAUCGAGCAAUACGCCAGAGUCUCGUUUAGAAAAGAUGGUACCCAAGCCAAGCGAAAAGGACGCCCAAAGCAUCCGUUGAAA